AUGGGGAAGCUCGCGGUGGUGUUGGCGGCGGUGCUGGCGGCGCUGCUGGUGGGCGCCUUCGCGGAGGAGCAGGAAUUCCUCCCCGGGCAGCCCAAGGAGAGUGUUCGGGGAAGCGGAGGGCGCGUGGAAACGUGGAGCGAAGAUUUCAAACAGCUGCAGGUAGCGGAGGUGGGAGCAGCAAUGAUCACUGUCGAGAGCCAGUCGCUUGCACUGCCCUCCUACUCCGAUUCUGGCCAGGUGGGCUAUGUGUUGAGCGGAGAGGCCAUGGCGGGUCUCCUCAGCCCCAUGGGUGCUCCUACCACUGUCAGGCGGCUGAGGGAGGGCGAUGCGUUUGUGAUUCCGAGGGGGUGGGCGCGCUGGGUGUGGAACAACGGCCAGCAGCCUCUCCGCAUCGUCUCUCUUGCCGACACCUCCAAGGGCCCUUGCCCCUGCCGCUACACGCCCUUCCACCUCAUGGGCGCGCAGAAGGAGGGCUUCGGAGGCAUUCUACACGGCUUUAGCAAGGAUCUGAUGGCACAGGCGUGGGACGUGGAGGAGAAGGACGUGCAGCAGCUGCUGGACGGGCAGAAAGAGACGUCCUUCGUGAAGGUCACCCCUCGGCUGUGCGCGGAGCUGGAGCAGCUGGUGAACUCGCUCGAACAGGCAGAGGUGUUGGAUGAGGAGGAGGAGAUUGGGGAGGAGACCGAGGCGUACGGGGGGAACGACCAGCCGCACUUUGGCAAGGGAGCUAAGCGCAGUGUGAGCAUCUUUGCGGAUUUCACCUACAACCUCAAGACCCGCCAGCCGGACAUUUAUGUGAAGCGCGGCGGCACGGUGACCAUGGCCAACGGGUACAAGCUCCCGGCGUUCCGCAAAGUGGGGUUUGCAGUGGCGCGCUUCAGCCUGGAGGGCAACGCCAUGACGGCUCCCAGGUGGCUGGCGAAUGCUGCUUCGACGCUGUAUGUCACCAAGGGCAAGGGGCGUAUCGAGAUCACGUACCCUGACGGGAGGCAGGCGCUGAGACACGACGUGAAGGAGGGUGACUUCGUGGUCGUUCCUGCCAGCUACCCCCAUGCUGCUCUGGCCUAUGGGGAGGGUCUGGAGUGCAUUGCCAUGAUUCCCAAGAGCCGCCCGCAGGCAGGGUUCCUGGCGGGGGCGAACUCGGUGUUCCGCAUGCUGCCUCGCACCAUCCAGCGCGCCGCCUUCAACGCCGAUGAGCAGCUGCUGGAGAAGCUGCGGGCCACCAGGCAGAGCGAGUUUGGCAUCCUGCCGCCCAGGAAGAGCAAGGGAGAGGGGGAGGAGGAGAUGCCUGUGCUGAUUGAGCAGGGGGGCAGGCGCAUUCUCGCGGCUGAGACCUUCGCUCACGACGCCCCUCUGCCCGGCUACCUCGACCACAUCCCCCGCCGCCAGGCCCUCGCCACCACCUGCGGGCGCACGACGGUGACGAUCCGGUCGCAGUACCUGGGGCCGUACGACCUGCACAACAACAUCUACAACAUGACCUAUUACAACGGCUGCGCCUACAACGUCACCAGCCCGCUGCGCGUGUACCAGUGCGCCAACUUCGGCAACGUGUGGGAGGGCAGCCUCGACAACCCCGCGCCCAACCCCACGCAGUACCAGACAGGCGACAUCUUUGUGCAGUCGUCGACGGGGUACUGUGAGGUGCACAUGAACCGCGGUGCUGACGGCACUGUGCAGAUGUUCCCCAAGGAGACGGUCAACAUUCUGUAUGCGUGGACCAGUGACUGGCGCCCCUGCGCGUCGGAGCUGCGCUUCAGCAACGGCAACAGCUACUCCAUGGCCGACGUCUCCGAGUGCCAGGCUGCUGCUGCCAUUUAG